AAUUGCCAAAGCAACGAAAGUUCUAAACCCGCAACUUCACAGUUCUGAACACCUUCUCCCGAAAGAACCAUCCGCCAUGAACAACACCACAGGAGAAGGGAUGAUGAUGCCUCACCAUCACAAGAUGAUGAUGAUGCAUAUGACAUUCUAUUGGGGUAAAAAUGCUGAAAUUCUCUUUUCAGGUUGGCCUGGAAAGAAUAAUACUGGAAUGUACAUUUUAUCUCUGGUUUUUGUGUUUCUGAUAUGUUUUCUUGUGGAGUGUGUGUCUCAUUCCCAGUUGAUAAAACCUGGAACCUCCAAUCUUGCAGCUGGUUUAAUACAGACUUUUUGCCAUGCCAUAAGGGUUGGUUUGGCUAAUAUGGCCAUGUUGGCAAUUAUGUCUUUUAAUGGUGGUGUUUUCUUGGCGGCUAUGGCUGGGCAUAGUCUUGGGUUCUUGAUUUUUGGAAGUCGGAUUUUCAAGAAAUCUCCACCGCCUCCUACUAAUGACUAUCAUCUUCCUCCGAUGAGUACUUGUUGUUGAAUGGAGUAUUAUGGCAAGAAAAUAGUUGUUUUUUAUCCAUUGACGGAUUACUUUUUUUUCUUUUUCUUGUUAUUAUAAUUAGUUUUGGCUGAGAUUCGAAUUUCUUGUAUAAAUAUAUUAGUUAUUUUCUUGUA